CAGCACUGAGGUUCAAUGUUCACUCCUCGUCUCUUUAACGAGCGACACGGGACCACCAUUGUUCCUUAUGUCAAGUAUGCCCGGUAUCAAAACCAAAAGCUGGCAAUCCAAAAUCUCAUCAUAUUUCCAUCCAACUCACGAGCAACUUCGCGUCCUAUAUACCCCAGAAAGAACGCGCUGCUUGUGCGCUAUGCUGGCCGUCGCGAGAGUUUUCUGACUAGGCAGAACACCAACAGCCGCCUGAGGCAUAGAAGCAGUUCGGGCGUGGGUCGCAGCAGUAAUAACCGCGGCAUACGCCGACGCAAUAAUAGCAAGCUACCAAUUUCGAAAUGGAAGAAAACCUUAAUCAGCUCCGCAGGAUUCCCGUCCAUAUUGAAACGGGCGUAACGAGGAAGAUAAGAAAGCAAAAUAUAAUCAUACCAUCUGCGAGGACAUCACCGUUACCCUUCGUGGCAGGAGAGGUGUCUAGGGAGUUGGCUAUAAGAGAGCAGAAAAUACGUUAGCUUUUCCCUAAAACCGAUUGUGACAUAUACAUCAUACUGGCCGAACCUACUAGCAGCCUUUUUCUCCAUUUCAGGAGCAG